AUGGAACCUAAUGAGUCUGAUGUUGUAGAAAUUUCCCCGGACAAGCGUUACAUCCGGUAUAAUGAAAUCCUUGGGAGAGGAGCAUUCAAGAAUGUCUACAAGGGGUUUGAUGAAAUUGAUGGAAUAGAAGUUGCUUGGAACCAAGUGAGCAUUGAUGAUGUACUGCAAUCACCUGAACAUUUGGAGAGGUUAUAUUCUGAGGUUUACCUGUUAAGGACCCUGAAACACGAAAACAUCAUAAGGUCAUAUGCCUCUUGGAUGGAUGACAAGAACAAAACUAUGAACAUGAUAACUGAGUUGUUCACCUCAGGAAGUUUGAGGCAGUACCGGAAGAAGCAUAAGAACGUUGAUUUAAAGGCUAUUAAGAACUGGGCUAGGCAGAUCCUUCGAGGUUUACAUUAUCUGCACACUCACAGUCCGCCUAUUAUUCAUAGAGAUUUAAAAUGUGACAAUAUCUUUGUUAAUGGGAAUCAUGGAGAAGUUAAAAUUGGAGAUCUUGGAUUGGCCACAAUAAUGCAGCAAGCUACUGCCCGAAGUGUUAUUGGUACUCCCGAGUUCAUGGCUCCUGAACUUUAUGAAGACGAAUAUAAUGAGCUGGUCGACGUUUAUUCUUUCGGAAUGUGUAUGUUAGAGUUGGUUACGUGUGAAUACCCGUAUGGUGAAUGCAAAAAUCAAGCACAAAUAUACAAGAAGGUCACUUCAAGCAUAAAACCUGCUGCUAUGAAUAAAGUUCAGUACCCUGAAGUGAAGCAGUUCAUAGAAAAAUGUUUGGUUCCAGCAUCUCAGAGGUUGAGUGCUAUGGAGCUCUUGAAAGAACCAUUCCUGGCCGAGGAUCCAAAGGAUUUAAUGUGUGAUCGUCUGCAGCUAGCUGAUUUUACACCUAAGUCAACAAUCUCGCCAAAAUCUGAUUCGCCUUUCAUGGACCUGGACCCUAAUUACAAAAUGCUAUCAGCUGGCACUUGUGCACAGAGUAUGUUUGGAACUUUUUCUACUGUAGAACUCCAGAGAUACAGUGAGAGAAAUGAAUUUACCAUAAAAGGGGAAAAGUUUGAUGAUGAUACAAUAUCUUUAACUUUGCGGAUCGCUGACUUGUCUGGUCGGGUGAGGAAUGUUCACUUCAUAUUUUACCUUAAUGCUGAUACGGCACUUUCAAUUGCUGCUGAGAUGGUAGAACAACUUGAUUUGUGGAGUGAAGAUAUUGCUUUUAUAGCCGAGUUAAUUGACUGCUUAAUUUUAAGACUUGUACCCACCUGGAAAACUUCUGGAAGUUUGGGUGGAGCUCAGAGUUCUUACGCGGUUUCUGCUGUGCUUCAGAGUAAUCGGGUAUUAGCACCCCAUGCCAAAGACAAUGGAUCAAAUAUCUUUCCUGGCAGACAGGCUAGUGAGAUGGCGGUUUCUUCACAGUUCUCCGGAUCAAAAGUCAAUGAUACUAGAGAAUCAGUCGGUGCAUCUUCCAAACACGUCGUAUCAACCUCAGAUUCCAAAGAUAAGAUUGAUUUGAGAUCAGCUUAUGACAUUGACAAGCACAAGGUUAGCAUUGGCGAGUCUUUAAUGAUUGAAUAUACGAAUAAUUCAGGGACCUCCUUCACGGGUUCAUGGAAUGGUGUAUCUAAUGAUAUGUGCAUAAGCAUAUCUUCUUUGUCACUGACUGAAAAAGACGACGACAAAGAACACUGCUAUGACCUGAAGCUAGAGCUUGAUGCAAUUGAUUUGCAGUAUCAGCAGCGUUGCCGAGAGCUUCUGAGGAUGAGGGAGGAGGCAAUUGAAAACGUCAAAAAGAGGUGGAUCUCGAAGAAUUUGUCUAUUGUUUAA